CCCGCCCGGCGAGGUGACAGCCGCGCCCGCACGCAGAUCCCGGCCCGACGCCGCCAUGAGCGCCGCGCUCUUCAGCCUGGACGGCCCGGCGCGCGGCGCGCCUUGGCCUGCGGAACCUGCGCCCUUCUACGAGCCGGGCCGGGCGGGUAAGCCGGGCCGCGGAGCCGAGCCGGGAGGCCUGGCCGAGCCGGGCGCCGCUGCCCCCGCCAUGUACGACGACGAGAGCGCCAUUGACUUCAGCGCCUACAUCGACUCCAUGGCCGCGGUGCCCACACUGGAGCUGUGCCACGACGAACUUUUCGCCGACCUCUUCAACAGCAACCACAAGGCGGGCGCGGCGGGCGCGGGCGCCGGGGCCCUGGAGCUGCUCCCCGGCGGCCUCGCGCGCCCCCCGGGCCCCGCCGCGCCGCGCCCGCUCAAGCGCGAGCCCGACUGGUGCGACGGCGACGCGCCCGGCUCAUUGCUGCCCGCGCAGGUGGCCGCGUGCGCGCAGACCGUGGUGAGCCUGGCCGCAGCCGCGCAGCCCACGCCGCCCACGUCGCCGGAGCCGCCGCGCUGCAGCCCCGGGCCCAGUCCCGCGCCCGGCCCGGCCCGCGAGAAGAGCGCCGGCAAGCGGGGCCCGGACCGCGGCAGCCCGGAGUACCGUCAGCGGCGCGAGCGCAACAACAUCGCCGUAAGAAAGAGCCGCGACAAGGCCAAGCGGCGCAACCAGGAGAUGCAGCAGAAGCUGGUGGAGCUGUCGGCCGAAAACGAGAAGCUGCACCAGCGCGUGGAGCAGCUCACACGGGACCUGGCCGGCCUGCGGCAGUUCUUCAAGCAGCUGCCCAGCCCGCCCUUCCUGCCUGCCGCCGGGGCUGCGGACUGCCGGUAACGCGCGGCUCGCGCGGACGGACUCCCGACGACCUUACCUCAGCGCUGCGGCCUGAGCGAGCGUCCUGCCCGGUGGCGGGGCCGCCGCUUGCACGGCACGCGUGCGCGCAAGGAGCCUCGGCGGAUGCGGCGCCGCGGGACACGGACAGAAGCUAUAC